AUGACUCCUUCAAUUCCCAAUACCGCCGUUAGCGACAGAUUUUCCAAUGAGUCCUGCUCUACUCCUGAAAGCAGAGCCCAUUUUGCGAAACUUCCAGAUCCGAAAUCUGGCUACCAGCCAUACGACAACAAACUCCCAAUUUCAAGCCAUUCUCCACAAGGACGACUUUCUAUCCAGUUCGAAUUGUCGGGUACAAAGUGCUCCAUAUCAGGCCAGAAUGCCUUCCGCCUAGCUCUUAGUGUCGAGAACGGCACCAAUCUCCCCUUGGCCUUCGCGGUGGGUAGACAACCCAUGUUGAUAUCUGAAGCAUACUCUCGUGGGCCAGAGCUCAUCAUCAGCCAAGCGGACGACAGGGAAAUCGUCGCAACAUAUCGAUUUGAAGUCUGCUCUGUUCCCGAAGUCCCCCGCAUCAUCAAACAAUCCGGUCUUUACGACGGGGAAGACUUUGACCAUCUGCGCCCUGGGGUCACAGAGCCAAUCACCGUCGAUCUCAAUAGCCAAAGUGUCCUCAAGGAAGAGUUUUGCGACGAUUUGAUGGAGAAACUUGCAGUGGGUAGGAAAUAUAGGAUUUCUAUUCGGGGUUCUAGAUGGGAAAGUGGAAAGACCGCACCAGUGCGUUGUCAAGCUUGCAGAAGAGGACCAGACGUGUUUGAAGUGGUCUAUUGA